AUGGCAUAUCAAUCUUUGCUACAAGAAUACAUGCUGAUCCCACCAGUAACUAGGGUAUACACUACAGCUUGUGUUAUCACUACCUUAGCAGUUCAAUUAAACCUAGUAUCACCAUUCCAACUAUACUUCAAUCCCACAUUGAUUUUCACAAAGUAUCAGAUAUGGAGAUAUUGUAGAAUGUUGGAAGAAGGGUCAUUUAGGGGGAGAACAGCUGAUUUUGUUGUUAUGUUUAUUUUUGGUGCUGCGUUGAUGAUUUUUUGUGCAUUUUUUAUAAACUUAUUGUUUCUGGGACAAGCAUUUACUAUAAUGAUUGUUUACGUGUGGUCUAGACGAAAUGUUUUUAUUCGAAUGAAUUUCUUUGGAAUAAUGAAUUUCCAGGCUCCUUACUUGCCCUUUGUUUUACUCGGUUUUUCUGUCCUCCUGGGUAAUUCAAUAUCAGUUGAUGUUGUCGGCAUGGCCAUUGGACAUAUCUAUUACUUCCUUGAAGAUGUUUGGCCUCGGCAAGCUCGAGGGCAAAAACUUUUGAAGACACCAAAUUUUCUAAAAAAACUUUUUGACCCAGAACCUGAAACAGAAUAUGAGCCACUACCAGAGUUAGCAAAUGUUAGACCUGGAGGAUUUAAUUGGCGACGGCAAGAAGAAGACAAUGCUGAUCAACCCAAUGCAUUAUAA